AUGAGAGCCCCGGGCUGCUGUCUGGUGCCGCUUCUGCUGGCCCUGGCUUGGGCGGAAGGAGACGGCAAGGCGGCGAAAGAAGGCGACAGCCCCGGCAAUUUUAUGGAGGACGAGCAAUGGCUGUCUUCCAUCGCCCAGUACAGCGGCAAGAUCAAACACUGGAACCGCUUCCGAGACGAGGUGGAGGAUGACUACAUCAAGAGUUGGGAAGAUAAUCAGCCAGUAGAUGAGGGUCUGGACACUACAAAAGAUCCUUGCCAGAAGAUCAAAUGCAGCCGGCAUAAGGUGUGCAUUGCCCAGGGUUACCAGAGGGCCAUGUGCAUCAGUCGCAAAAAACUGGAGCACAGAAUCAAACAGCCUGCCGUGAAGCUCCAUGGAAACAAGGAGAACUUGUGCAAACCCUGUCACAUGACCCAGCUUGCCUCCGUCUGUGGCUCCGACGGCCAUACUUACAGCUCUGUGUGUAAACUGGAACAGCAGGCCUGUCUGACCAGCAAGCAGUUGACAGUGAAGUGUGAGGGUCAGUGCCCAUGCACAAGUGAACAUGGUCCAACUUCAGCCACUGAUCUCAAGCAAGAAACCUGCACUGGACAAGACUUGGCAGACCUGGGCGAUCGACUGCGGGACUGGUUCCAACUGCUGCAUGAGAACGCCAAACAGAACAGCUCUGGAAAUGUGGGCCCCAAUCCUGUGAAUGCACUGGACAAAAACCUGGUGGCCAGUUGCAAGGAUUCCAUUGGUUGGAUGUUUUCCAAGCUGGACACCAACAGUGACCUUUUCCUAGACCAGGCAGAGUUGGCGGCUAUCAACCUGGAUAAGUAUGAGAUUUGCAUCCGGCCUUUCUUCAAUUCCUGCGACACCUACAAGGAUGGCCAUGUCUCCACUGCAGAGUGGUGUCUCUGCUUCUGGAGAGAGAAGCCUCCAUGUCUUACGGAGCUGGAGAGGAUUCAGAUCCAGGAAGCUUCAAAAAAGAAACCUGGAGUCUUCAUCCCGAGCUGUGAUGAGGAUGGAUACUACCGGAAGAUGCAGUGUGACUCCAGCAGUGGAGAAUGCUGGUGCGUUGAUCAUCUCGGCAUGGAGCUGACAGGAACACGGAUGCAUGGGAAUCCAGACUGUGAUGACAUUGUUGGAUUCUCAGGGGACUUUGGGAGUGGUGUCGGAUGGGAAGAUGAGGAAGAGAAGGAGACAGAGGAAGCCGGCGAGGAAGCUGAAGAAGAAGAAGGAGAAGCAGAUGAUGGAGGCUAUAUUUGGUAGAUGUCACCAAGGGGCCCUGUUUGGCCAGGAUGCAGGCUGUAGGCUGGGAGGUAGCAGUCAAAACUGAAUGGAGAGGAACAACUGAACAAGAUGAUCAGGAAACACAGUUGAAUGUAACUAACUAUGGCAGAAUGUGCGAGUGCGUGUAUGUGUGAAUGUAUGUACACUUGCCUGGGUGGGUCCAUUCUCUUCAUGUGGCUGUGGAGAUUAUCUCUUUCUUCCCAGCUUAACAGAGAUCAAAGCUAUAGCCGAGCAAAAGGGGUGGGGGGAAGUACUCUGCACUGUAGGUUCCAGAGAAUCUUUUGUUAAUAUUAAAUUUUAAAAAAUUAAUGAUCAGUGACACAUUUCAGUUCCUAACCAGGCUCAAAAGAUGUGAGAAACACCUGCCUCCUUCAUCGCUCUGGCUAUGGUGCUCAGCAAUAUCCUGCAGUAUAUGUCCUGUCCAAAUGCUUGUCAAGCAAUCUGCCAAUCAUUUGUGAGUCUUCAUUGCAGUAGAUCACCAGAAUUUGCCUAACAGGUCAGAAAUCGGGAACAAUCCACUCUCCUGUGACUAGACAUUUAGAUCUAGGACCAUAUUGAAGAGGGACAGCUAAUGUAUCGCUAAUUACAAAUAUAGUUCCACACAAGUCAUUUCUAGAUAGGUUUCCAAAAUCUUGGAAAGCUUCCCCUGAAAGAUUGAACAUCCAUGCACUGAGUUAAUGUAUGAUCACAUUUACUGGACUUAGGCUUCCUGUUAGGAAAGCUUUCAAACGUGUCUGUAUUGGCUUCUAAUGUGGUUGAUGUGCUAGCUAGUGCUGUAGAAUAAAGGGCUUUUCAGUCAUCUAGACAUACCGAUGGAAAGGCAAGGAGUUCUGGGACAGAGAUUGCUGAGAACAUCAGUUAAAAGAAUAAAGUAAUUAGUUGUGAAAAAAAGAAAUCAGCAGGCUAGUUACAGCAACUGCAAGAAAUAUUUCCCAUGAUAAAAGGUAUGGUGAGAUAGGUAUCUCAGUAGCUUUGUUAUUAUAUUGCUCUGUGUCCUGGGUGUGGGAAAUCUGUAUCUAACUAGAACUCACUGUUCUCCUCCUACAUUCUGCAAUACAAUCCUUUAUCUUCACAACAUAGAAGAAAGACAUUAGGAAUAAAUACAAAAUUGCAUUAUCUAUUAAAGCAUGUGCUUUAGCUAACGAUGAAAAAGUUAAUGAUAAUUCUAUUCAGCCUGCUAAAAUCAUUUUCUUUUUUUCAAAUAAAUUAGACAUUGUUUUUCAAAAAUUAGCCAGUGGGAAACAUCUGGAAAAAAAUAUUAUCAUUUUUUUGGUUAGUGAAUGUCAGGCUUUUUAAUCCUGAUAAGGCCAAUUAAAUUCUUUUUUAGGAAAGUCAUUUCUCCAGUUCCCUGCAUUUGGAUACACUCACCCUGUUGUGAGCAUGUAUGCUUGCAAGUAUUUAAACACCUGUACUACAAUCCUGUCCAAGUUGUAGCUGUGCAUGUCCUUGGGUGGCAUGAAGAAAUGUUGAGUGCUGAAGUGGAUGUGAGUAUGUGUGAAUACACACUGAGAAGAGGGUAGGUGGUUUGGCUUACAUCAAGUACCCCAAACUUUAUGUAGAUACUGAGCUUCUGGUUGAACCCUUCAGGACAGUGUGCAAGCAUGGGAUUUUAAGCAGCCUCACUUCCCAGUAAGUCCAGUAACAGAGAUUUCUUAUGUAGUCCAGCUGUGAUAAUAAAUGAGCCCUGCUGUGUUGAAUUCUCUAUCUUACUCAUAUUUACUCCUCCUCUUCCUCCUCCUCCAGCUGUCACACUCCUUCACCCUUGCACACUUCAUGGUCCUAUCUUCAUGUGUUUCUUUAUCUUUUCUCAUGAAAGAAGAGAUCACAGCUGAACAAGACUUGAUUUGAUCACUAGCAGGAGAAGACAGUGCUUGGGAAGCGGGGGGGGGGGGGGUGUUUCAUUGUUGUAGAGGUUGCAGAUUUUGUGUCCUCCAGCUCUUUUUUUUCUUUCUAAGAUCUUAGCCUGGAUUCAAGUGUUGCGUUGAAGUUGUCUCCCUCGGUUUUUUGUCCUGGCCUUUCCCUCCAUCUGUGCAGGUGAUAUGAGUGUGGGUGAUCCGAGUUUGCAUUUCACAAUUAUGCAUGUUUAAGGAGUUGUAAAUGCAUUUUUUCAGACUAAAAUACAUUCCGUUGUUGAGGGUAGCCUCCCCAAAUGGUGCUUGUAGAGGUAGGUAAGACAAAAGCAGCAGCUUGUCUCUGUUAACUAGUUAACACAGUUAACUCCAGUUAACACAGUUAACUCCACUUAAAGCUAGUUAACUGUGUUGACUAGUCUUGCCAUUUACACUUGUUUAUCAGCUUUUGAUGAUUCUGUGGCUAACAGACAAUUGUUCGUUAGUUUCUCUUCAGAUAAUUGAAGAUGAUACAACAAACAAGCACUAAACUCUGCUGGUAACUCUUCCCUCCAACCUUUAAAAGCCUUUCCUCACAGGUUUUGUAGGUUUUCAUUAUCAAAAACAUAAUUAUGCAUCUACCCUGAAGAGCAAAAAUAACAAAGGAAGAAAAUGGGGGGAAACAGCUUUGUGAAAAAUAGACAGUAGGAUGCUGCUUUCAUCUCUUUGAGAAGAAACCCCAGUGAGAUUUCUCUGAAAUUGCUUUCAAGUCUCUUAACAUAAAAAGGUUGCUUAGCUCCAGCCUUAAUUUUACCUUAAAAGAAGUCCAUUAUUUGCCUUGCAUUUUCAGCAACUCAUCGCUGUGUUACUGAAGCAGAAACAAUAAUAUCCCUAAAGCCUCCAUAAAAGAAGCUCAAAUGAGACAUGUUGGUUCACCUUGACAAAUGGAUGUGAAUGCAAAACUGUCCAGAGUUGCGAUCUGAUUUCCUAACACAAGUCAGAAAAAUCUAGAAGAGGUAACAUUUGGACAGAAUAAAGCAUUUUCUCUUCUUAGUAACAUUUUUCUCAUUAAGUCUUGGUCCUUAAUUGAGACCCACCCAGACACUUUUACUAAGGCUUCAUCUCUGAGACAUCUUCCAGAGGGUUCAAAGAAGACAGAUGGAGUCCAAAACCUUGUGAUCAUAGUCCCACCCUUUUUCUACAUUCAUUGAGUGUACAAAAGAUGGGCUUCAGUCACACGGUUGCGAACUCUGUCUUGAUUUUUUGACACAUGCGCCCACACAUUUCCAGACAACCUGUUUCCUCUAGGUAGGCAUGGAUUUAAAAAGAAACAAAUCAACCCCAUUCCCCCUAAUCAGCCAGCCUCAGCUGUUCCCCAUAUAGGGACUCAAUGGUAGGAUGUUUUUCUCCAAAUAAGGCCUCUGAUUUUGAAGGCAGACUUUUGAGUCAUAGAAUUUCUGCUUCUACAAAUGGACCAUCAUACAAAGAGCCUCUAUGAAGGGAAAUGUGUUAAUUAAGGUUCAUUAACUUAUCUCACCUUCUGAAACAAUAGAAUACUUGUUCUAACUUGUAAAUAAGGAAGCAGUAUUUAGUUCACUCACUCUUAACCCCCUUUUUAUGGCUCUGUGCUCCACGAUACUCUCAUUCAUCACUACUGUGUUGUUUUCCAUAAGGAUAAGCUACUGUAUCUAGGCAGCUUGGCAAUUCAACACCAUAUAUCAACUCAUUUUCAAAAAUAAAGAUUCCCUUUGCUGAGGGAAACAAAAUAGGGUAUCAUCUCUGUCCUCUGAGCAUCACAUCUGACUCUAGGGCAGUGUUUCUCAACCUUGACAAUUUUAAGGCAUGUGGACUUCAACUCCCAGAAUUCCACAGCCAGCAAUGCUGUGUCCACAUGCCUUAAAAUUGUCAAGGUUGAGAAACACUGCUCUAGGCCAUAGCAUAUUAGGUAGCAAUUCCAUUGUCUUUAACAUCUUUGUGCUGAUGGAACGAGAAACAAGAGAAUAGUCAAGGUUAAGGUUCUUAUUGUAUGGUUAGUUUCAACCAGAUAUGGAGUUAUUGAGCUUUUGGAAAACCAGUUUAUAUUUCCAUUCUUUUUUUGAAAUUAGAAUAAUCAACAGUUCCUUCUAAACGCUAGGCAAUGGAUUAUCAGAGUUCGUAUGCAUCUAAAUGAUUGUAAUGCAAAUAAAGAAUAGCAAAACUUUAAUCUACUGACCCCAGUUGUGAACUUAGUGCAAUUGACUGCAUGGCCUGCUGAAUUAAUGCUUUUUGAGAUUUUCCCUUAGAAUGUUUACAAUUUUAGAAGAAUACUUGUAGGUGUGAAUGUAGUCUGUGUCUAUAACGUUCUCAAACCAUGUUUAUCAUAGAGGUAGCUUUAUCAGGGAACUAUGAUUGCUUGCGGCUUCCUAUUGAGCAUAUAUUCAGUAGCAAAGCUAAUCUACUCUUUGUAACAUGAAUGAAAAGUCACUAUAGUUUUGAUCUUAAUGUUUCAUUUUCUACAUUCUGAACUACGAGAAUUAAAGUUCUCUGGUUAUUUUCCCCAACUUUUUCUUUUCCUUUGAAGUAUGACAUAUAUCAAGAAACAGCUCAGCUAGCACUUAACUGGGUGAAAAGUUGAUUCCACUGGAACAUUAGGUUAGAAUACAUUAAAUUAACUUCCAUUAAAUUACUGAACAGAGAUUGCUUUCUUCCUUCCAUGAGUGCAAGGACUAUUUUCCUUUGAUUUGCAUCUCUUGCAGAUAAUUUGAGGAAGGGAAUGAUGUACCUGAACAGUUUCACAUUGCGAGCACGAAAUGCAGAAAUGAAAUUACUGCUGCUCUCUGCUAUGGGGUAGAUAUUAGCAGGUAAUCAUCCUGUGUAUGCUUUCUUUUAGGAAUGGUUGAAGUAAAAAAGUAAAGUUGAGUUUGACUGCUGGUGAUUGCAGUUUUCUUGUUAAAAAUUGUUAGUGGUUUCGAGGCCAGCUGAGAAUUAUUUUAUGUGUCUCAGUCCAGCAUUGAUUUAAUUCAAUAACUAUGGGAUUAGGUUAUGGCUGCAUGCUGCAAUCAAGAUUAAAAAUGGUAGUAACCAAUUCAGAGCAGUUACACACCAUCCUUUUCAUUCCCAAAUCCUACUGAAGUUGUUUUAAAGGCAAUCCACCAUCAUCUUCACCUGUGCAGACUCAAUACCUUGGCAACAAAUGACAAUCACUACUCCCUCAAACUGUUGGCUGUACAGCAACAGCAGUCAUUCCUCAUGCCAGUCGGAGGAAAGAAGUCUUGUCACUUUUAUCUUUAUUUGCUUGGCUUGGGUCAAUAUGGGUGGGCAAUGACGUUCUUCAGCCACCAAUCCCCUAAUAGAGUCAAGGCUGAACUCACGUUAAUGUGGCUCUGGAUAAACAGUACAAAGUAAAAUUGAUUGGAGUAUCUGAAGGAGGGAGGAAGGAUGAAGCAAAAAUCCCCUCCAAUGAGAAAAUGAGCCAUCCCCUUUGCUUUGCAGAGCUCUAAUAGUCCAGCUGGAAGUCAGGGCAAUUCAAGAAACUUAGCAGCUGAAGACAGACAACAGUAUGGGACUGUAGUCCCAGGUCCAAUCCAGUAGUGAUCUGACCAACCUGUCUUCAAGUUCCCAAAGGAGACUUUUGAGAUGUGGCUUUGACAUCAGUCCAAAUUGCAGCCCCGUUGGUUGUGAGGUCCAUAAAUCAGCUUCUUUGAGUGAAUUUCCCAUGUUAGGGUAUUGUUAUGGUGCUUUAUUAAAUUUGUGCCCUAGAGAAACACAUGCACAUCUCUUUGCUGCUGUGUUGAAAGUUAAGAUGUCUACCUAUUUUAUUGUGGGACUCCCAGUUUGCUCAUUAAAAAAAAAAAAGAUUCUUGCCAAACUGGCACCCUCCACAUGUAACUCCCAUAAUGCCAAAUCAAUAUUACCAAGGGUUUUUGCUGACGGGAGAUUAUGGGCAAAGGGAGUCUAACAUCUGGAGCUUAAAACUGAGGAUAGCUGUUCUAAACAUCAAUCUGUUUAUGCCAUUAAUCCUUUCUCCUUUAUAUUCAGUAUUAAUGGACAGAGUGCAUUUUAAAAACCACCUAUAGAUAACUAUUCUAAAAGUGUUGAGAGUGUUUGCUUUCUUUUUUUUAAAGAACAUUAUAUGCUUAAUAAAUCAGAACUGAGGAGAAACAAACCUGCGUAUAGCCUGGAAACCUAUUUUACAAGUCUGAUGUGCAAUAAUAACUUCUGAAUUUUAGAGUUAAAGAUCGUGUUUGCGUGCUUCAAUUUCAGUUUGUAUAUUUAAGUGCUAUAAUUGUAUCUCAAUAAUUCUAGAUGUUGAAUACAAAACCAAGUGUUAGAAUGUAUGUGUGUGUAUCAUGGGUGCUAGGACACUGUGGGCAUGAUCCUACAAAGUUCAUCGCCUAUGUGCUUCCUUUGGGGGGACUUAACCUUUAAAUCUACCCAUUGGAAAGCCUCGAUAGGAUGUUUUUUAAAAGCUAAACUUUGGCAGGAUCCCGCCUCUGAUUUUUCUGUUCCUAGAACUUUUCUUCCUUAUCACCCAGUUGUGACAUUCUUGUGCUGCUUCUCUAUGGCUCCCUGGAAAAAUCUAUUUCACCUUUGUGGUGUCUGCCUAAUAUUUUACUUACUUACUUUAACUACUUACUUAAUCUAAGGAAACAAGUGCACACAUACACCAGUCCAAGAAAGGAAAUAUGACAAUAUUUUUUAAAAAAAGAAAUAAACAUUUAUAAACACCA